ACAAUAAUAACAUCAGUUUAAGGCCGGAUCGUAUAAAUAAAUAAGCCUAAGCUAGAUACAACUACAAGGUAAGAUCAACCAUACUAACUAAAUAAUUGCUAUAGUAUGCAAAAUUAAGUGAUUAAAUGUAAUAAAAUACAAUGUAAAUAAUUAAAUUAAAUACAUACGAUAAAAUGCAAAAUACAUGCGAUAUAACACAGUACUAAUAAUAUAGUGCAGUGAUUAGUAUAAAGAGAUUUAAAUAAACAAUUAAAAAGUAGGAGUUACUAAGUAAUGCAAAAUAUUAAAUAAUAACGGCCCUCUAUGGUCGAACACACUACAAGACAGUAAACAAGCGAAAACCAAGUGAGAGAAAUUAGUGAAACUAAUAUCAGAACUGAAUUUGAAUUAUCUCACAAUAGCUAUACAUUACCCAAAGAAAAAUUAACAGAAGCUAUCCAUUUAAUUCCAGCAAUAAACACUAUCUAUAAGUGAGAGUUGAGCCUACUCCAUCAGCCCAGCAGGUCUUAGGUCCCUAAUCAGCUGAUGACUGAUACAAGGUCAAGUGGUUGCUUAUCUUUAAUCAAUUAAGCACUUUAUUAUUACACAGUAGUUGAUAUAUUAUCGUUUGGCUCCACCAAAUUGAUAAUGAUUGUUCAACGAGCAGUGGAAGAAGGAUUUGUCGUUGUGCGUCGUUUGUAAGUGAAGACUGAUGGACAUGAAGGUGAACUAUGAAUGAAGUAUGGGCUGUGGACGAGGUAUGGGGUGUGGACAAGGUGUUAUCCCCCAAUGCUACCAACAUUACCGUGGAAGAAUACCUGCUCAACAAGAGAGGCCCCAAGCAUCUGUCACUGACCGUGGUCAUCCCUGUCACUGUGGUCUAUACCACCAUCUUCAUCUCAGGAGUGAUCGGGAACCUUGCCACCUGCCUGGUGAUAGUGUCGAACGCCAGCCUCCACACUGCUACCAACUACUAUCUCUUCAGCCUCGCCGUCUCUGACAUCACGCUACUCCUUCUAGGAUUGCCAAAUGACUUGAGUGUGUUUUGGCAACAAUACCCUUGGCAGUUGGGGGAACCGAUAUGCAAGCUGCGUGCUCUGGUGUCAGAAAUGACAUCUUACACCUCUGUGAUGACUAUUGUUGCGUUCUCCAUGGAGAGGUAUCUUGCCAUCUGCCACCCACUGUUGUCAUACACGAUGUCCGGACUGAGCCGCGCUGUCCGCAUCAUCACAGUCCUCUGGUCACUCUCCUUCUUCAGCGCUCUCCCUUUCGCCAUCUUGACCAAGGUUGACUACAUAACGUAUCCUCCAGGCUCGGACGAGAUACUGGAAGAAUCAGCAUUUUGUGCCCUCCUGGAGGAGAAUAUUCCACACAACCUACCCAUCUACGAGAUCAGUUUCUUCAUCUUCUUCGUCUUGCCUCUGUGCAUCCUGCUUGUCCUGUACACCAAGAUCGGUCUCCGCAUCCGCUCCAAGUCCCUCGACAAGAACAUUGACGGCAAGGUCCAUGGGGAGACCAAGAAGUUCCAGUCCCGAAAGUCAAUCAUAAGGAUGCUCGCGGCAGUGGUAGUAACGUUCUUUCUCUGCUGGGCACCGUACCACGCUCAGCGCCUCCACUAUCUCUAUGGUCUCGAUAGUCCUUACUACUACGAGAUCAAUGAGUACUUGUACUACGUAGCUGGUUGUUUCUACUAUCUGUCAUCCACUGCCAACCCUAUCCUGUACAACCUAAUGUCAGUAAAGUACCGGGCAGGGUUCCAACGCACCUUCUGUGGCCGAGGACACCGCCUCCACUCUUCGUCUAGUGGUGGAGAGACUCGGUGUGCCGGCAGCCUCACCACCCGACCGCCAGACCCAGACACGGGCUGGGGUGAUCAGGCACUGAUGAAGAGGAACGUGGUGGUGAGGAUAUCAGAUGAGAACCGAGCAACAACUACAGUGAAGACGGAAUCGACCCACUGGCCCUGGACUAGGCUAAGGGUGACCAUGGACCGGCCACAUCCUAGUCCCAGCACAAGAUCUGAACCUACCAUCUGUGUGGAGAUGGAGACUUGUCUGUGACAUUUUGGAAUCACAAUCUGAUAACCAUCCAAUUUCACUUGGAUGCAGCUUUCUUGGCGAGGACAGAAGAGGGUCAAGAAAAGUCAACAAAGACCAAUAAUUAGAGACCGGAUACAACCAACAUUACUGUGAUAGGAAGAUGUUACUAUAGUUGCACUCUUCAACAUACAUCAUAAUCCGCUUAUAAUAUUGUGUGCAUACAAAUUUACAAAAGAGUUUAUUUGGAAAUAUGUGUUAAAAUCAUAUUUUAUCACACAAAAUACUCAAAACCGAACCUUCUUAGUGAAAGCAUUAAUUUGAUGGAACCCUGUGAUAUUUUUCAAAGUGGAUUAGAGAUAUCAAGUAGAUAUUAUUUCAGUAUCCAUGGUUGAGAGAUUCAAAAGUUAAAUGAAAUUUUGACUGGUUCUAUUUUAUUUUUUCUCAUUUGAAUAAAAUGAGCUAUAGCUUACAUAUAGGUCUCAGAAACAUAAACAACUUCCUUAAGUGUUUAAAAUCACUUUCUGUCUAAGAUAUUUCAAGUACCAUAGUUUGACUUUUUGUCCUGAUGAAAAGUAAUUUACAUAUGACUGAAAAGUCACUGUGGUCAAAAAGUCAGUUCCUGACGAUUAAAUUCACUUUUGGUCUAACUUAUGGUUCCACAGUUGAGUUUUUGUUGUUGCACUGAUCAAGAAAAUAAACACAUUUUUGGGUUUUGAAUCCAACUUACAUUAAAAGUGUCUGUUUCCGGUCUUCGGUGUUUAUGGUGUUAUAAAUGAUUUUUGACUCCGAUCAAGAAAUUACAUCCAUACAUAAGUUUCAACAGACCAUUUUGGUCAAAAAUCAUCUAGUUUCGUCACUUGUGUUCUUCCAGUAUAAGGGAAAGAUUGUGCCAUCUCUUUCUUUUUCCUUAAGAGACCAAAACCUUCUUCUGACUUCAGCGGAAGAGUUAGCCGAAUUAGUCCAGCCAUUCUCAAGAUUAGCGCUUGGUAACACAUUUAGCAAUUAAUUUUUAUUUAUAAGAUUAAUUCAUUACCCAACAGGGAUCACUUCUGGCUGGUGUUGCUCAUAUAGAAAUAGAGCUUCAUGCAAAAUUUCAAAUCUGUAGGUAAUUUUGUUUUCAAGACAUUGUGCGGACAGACAGACAGAAACGAAAUUUUUCCAGACUCUCAAGUGAUAGGCUUUGCCAAAAGUUCAGCAAAUUGUACAAAAAGCACAUAAUUUCAUAAUAAAACAAUAACCCAUUAAUUUUUCAUAAUUUAAAAUGAUUUACUGUCUAGUAUCAAAAGGACAUUUUACUAUGUUUAAAGAUCAUUAGAGAAGAUAGAUGAUUUUAAACGAUAACAGGACUAUGUCCAUUUACCUUAUGUGUUACAAGAUCGGAAACAUGACAUUCCAACAACAGAAAGGCUAUACAGUAUACGCUUUCUUCUUUAUGUUUGAAAUCAUAAAACGUUAAAUUAAGCAUGCAAAAAAUAAAGAAUUCAAACACAAUGAUGAACACACAAAAAUUAAAGCUGCUAAAAGAAACAUUGACAAUCAAAACAAUAAACAUAAUAAUACCUGCAUCCAGCUCUAAAUCAAGGAGAAACUCUUUUGCAUGGUUUAUUAACCUUAUGUUUUAAGAUAUAGCACUUGAAGAAGACCUCUGAUAUCAAUUACUAAAAGGUCAUGUUCCUGUUUUUAUAACACAUUAUUAAGGACAUUACUAAUAUUUCAACCGAUUACUUAACUUAGUAAAUCACCAUUCUGCAGAAUUCGGUCACUUAAUUUUGUUGUUUGGAUUAUUGUAUAGAUUUAUGUCUUGAAUAUACUGUCUGUAUUGUAUUUUCUGUAAAAAUAUAAAAUAAUUAAUCACUUUCACCAAUUUUGAAUUGAAUGCAAAUACAAUACAGGCUGAAUAAAAAGGCAGGAGCUAUUUUUUUCUAAAGUUUAUGUAAGGAGAUAUCCUUUGAAUAGUGGUGUAAUUUAGAAAGGAAGUUUCGUUUGAUGAUUUAAAAAUUAAAAAAAAAAAAUAAUUGUGUCCCCCAAAAAUGCAUGAUUUUGGUGGGCAACUAAAAAAGUUUUAAAUGAGGGGUUUACAUUUGAAAUGUUCGAGUUGUCCCCAAAAACACAUUUUCAAAAUCAUCUAUUGAAACUUCCUUUUCACACUACCCAAAGGAUAUCUCCUUACAUAAAUUUUUGUCUAAAUAUUGGGGGCGAGAUCCUGACUUUUUAAUUACCCUGUAUACAAGAUUUAUAACAUCCUAUUACAAAAAAAUAUGAUGAAAUAUCAUUUAUAUUUGGAGUGUCAAGUGAAGAUAAAAAAAGUUAUUUACUUUUUUAACUGAUCAAACUGAUAUAGUCAGCAUUUUGAUUGAACUAAUACUGUUAUUUUAUAUUUAAAUAUAAUUUGCAAUUUUUUUAUUUAAAAUAAAUAUUUGUUAGUAUUUUAUCAAA